AUGCCUUUCAAUCCUCCGUCAUGGGUGCCGCAGCUCCCCUUCGACCCGCCAGACUCGAUUCCCAUCUGCGACUUUAUGCUCGAUGAGCACUAUGGCCGUCACCCGCUCGGCUACUCGAACGACCCCUUCACCUGCGGGUUGACCGGGAAGACAUACUCGUGUUUGGAUAUGCGAGACCGCGUCGAGGCUCUCGCCCGAGGCUUAUCAAAGGAGCUUGGCUUCAAACCCAACGAAGCGACUGAAUGGGACAAGGUCAUUGCCGUCUUCUCCGUCAACACGAUUGACACGCUUCCACUCGCAUGGGCUACGCAUCGUCUGGGUGGUAUCCAAUCGCCCGCCAAUGCUGCGUACAGUACCGCUGAACUCGAAUACCAAUUGAAGAACUCCGGCGCGAAAGCCCUCUUCACUUGCGUCCCCCUCCUAGACACUGCGCGACAGGCGGCGAAGAACUGCGACAUCCCCGAGAAUCGCAUAUACAUACUGGAGGUGCCCGAAUCGUUUGCUGGCAAGAAAACACCAAAGGGGCUCAAGACGGUCGACGAUCUCAUCCGUGAGGGCGAGAAGCUUGACCGUCUGCCGAAAUUGGACUGGGAGAAAGGCGACGGAGCUCUGCGGACCGCGUUCCUUUGCUACUCUAGCGGUACUUCAGGACUACCGAAAGGUGUCAUGAUAUCGCACAGGAACGUCAUCGCCAACACAAUGCAAAUCACUACCUACGAGAAGCCGUACAGAGACACGAUCAUCAACGACGUACGAAACCAAUCCGACUACACCGAGAUCGCCCUGGGCCUCUUGCCCAUGUCGCAUAUCUAUGGCCUGGUUGUCAUCUGCCAUGCGAACGUCUACCGUGGAGAUGGUGUCGUAGUCCUCCCUAAGUUUGAGUUUGCGUCAACUCUGCAGGCCAUCCAAGACUACAAGAUCAACUCGUUGUUCUUGGUUCCACCGAUCAUUAUCCUCAUGACCAAGAACAAGCCCUUGCUCGACAAGUACGACCUCAGCUCCGUCUGGUCCAUCUUCACCGGAGCUGCACCAUUAGGACAAGAGACAGCAGAAGACCUAUCCAAGAUCUUCCCUUCAUGGAAGAUCCGACAAGGAUAUGGUCUCACGGAGACAUGCACUGUCGUUUCCUCGUCUUCUCCCGAUGACAUCUGGUUCGGUUCCUCCGGUUCCCUGCUGCCUAGCAUCGAGUGCAAGAUCGUUACUAUUGAGGGCACCGAGAUCACUGGCUACGACCAGCCUGGCGAGUUGCUAGUCAAGUCUCCUUCAGUCGUGUUGGGCUAUUUGAACAACGACAAGGCCAACAAGGAAACGUUCCAAGAUGGAUACAUGCGCACCGGAGAUGAGGCUGUAUUCAAGAAGGGGGCGAAUGGUCACGAACACGUCUUCAUCGUUGAUCGUAUCAAGGAACUCAUCAAGGUUCAGGGCCACCAAGUCGCGCCUGCAGAACUCGAAGCACACCUCCUGACGCAUCCUGCCGUAAACGACUGCGCCGUCAUCCAAAUCCCCAACGAGAAGACCGGAGAGGUACCGAAAGCUUUCGUCGUCAAAUCACCGUCAGUCGGCCUAGAAGAGAACGACCGCGUCCUCGCUCGCGAGAUUCAAAAGCACGUCGAAGAACACAAGGCGCGAUACAAGUGGAUCAGCGGUGGUAUUGAGUUCAUCGAUGAGAUUCCGAAGUCACCGUCUGGAAAGAUUCUGCGACGGUUGUUGAGGGACAAGGAGAAGGAGAAGAGGAGGUUAGCAGGAAGCAAGCUCUAG